GGCGGCAUGGCCAGCGUCCCGCAGCUGCUGGACGAGCUGUGCGAGGCCGUGGCGCGGGCCGGGGGCGCGCGGACGGGCGCGCGCGGCCUGCGGCGCGCGGCCUUCGAGGCGCUGCUGGCGCCGCUGCUGCAGGGCCCGGGCCGGGGCGCGCGCGCGGGCGGGCGGCCGCGGGUGCCGGCGCGGAGCCGCGCGCUGCUGCUGUCGUUCGAGCUGCGCGUGGCGGGGCUGCGCCGCGAGGCCGAGCGGCUGGAGCAGCUGCUGGCGGCGCUGGAGGCGGCGCCCGCGCCGGCCGAGCGCGCCGCGGCGCUGGAGCUGCUGGUGCUGCUGGCGGGCAGCGGCCCCCCGCGCGCGCCCUGGCCCCGGCGCGACCCCCUGGCCGGCGACGGGCGGCCGGGCCGGGCGGCGCCGCACGGCGGCUACGACUGCGCGGGGCUGAGCGAGCGCGAGCGGGACGUGCGCGCCGCGCUGGCCCGCGACGAGCAGCGCGCCCGGGACUGGGCCCGCGCCUCGCUGCGCGCCCUGGACGCGGCCCCGGGCAGCGGGCUGGCCGCGUGCGGCCGCUUCUCCGGCGCCGGCCGCCUCGAGCGGGACCCCCGCGGCGCCCUGUUCGGCGCCCUGGCGCACAGCCGCGCGUGGGACGUGGACGUCCGGCUGGACCUGCCCCCGGUGCCCGACGGCGCCGACCUCGCGGGGCUGGCGAUCAAGGUUCCGUGCAGCGUGGACCAGUCGGAAGAUGAGGGCUUCCAGUCUGCCUCCAACCUGACCCCGGACUCCCAGUCUGAGCUGGGCCUGACCCCAGACCUGGACCUGUGGGACGCUGCGCUCACCUACAAGCCCAGCAGGCGCCGGUGCUGGGAGCGGAUCGGCUGCCCCCCUGGACACGGUGAGGAUCCCUACCUCACGGAGGCGGGGAGGGAUGCCUUUGACCACUUCCGCCGACUACACCACGAAGAGCUCCAGGUCCUGGGGGGAGGCCUGCUGGACACGCUGCCGCCCGUGCUGGUGAGGGAGUGCGAGCUGGUGAAGGACGUGCUCAACGUCCUCAUCGGGGUGCUGUCGGCCACCUUCUCUCUCUGCCAGCUGACGCAGGCCUUCGUGGUGACGCGGGGCACCCACGUCUCGGGAGCGUCCCCGGAGAGCGUCAGCAGCCUCCUGUCGGAGGUGGCCGCCUGCGGGACCCACUACAUGCGUCUCAGCCACUUCUCGGUGCAGCCCGCGCAGGGCACCUGCAGCCGGGGCCUUGUCUUCCAGGCCUUCACCAGUGGCCUGCGGAGGUACCUGCAGUACUACCGGGCCUGCGUGCUGGCCACCCCGCCCACCCUGAGCCUCCUGACCAUCGGCUUCCUCUUCAAGAAGCUUGGCCGGCAGCUCAGGUACCUGGCCGAGCUCUGCGGGGUUGGCACCGUGUCCCCGGGUGCUGGUGGAGGCGAGCCCAGGGUCCCGUUCCCCACCGGCGUGAAGCUGCUGUCCUACCUGUACCAGGAGGCCUUGGACAACUGCAGCAACGAGCACUACCCGGUGCUGCUGUCCCUGCUGAAGGCCAGCUGCGAGCCCUACACGCGGUUCAUCCACGACUGGGUGUACAGCGGGGUCUUCAGGGACGCGUACGGCGAGUUCAUGAUCCAGGUGAACCACGACUACUUGGGCUUCCGAGACAAGUUUUACUGGACCCACGGCUACGUGCUCAUCUCCAAGGAGGUGGAGGACUGCGUCCCCGUGUUCCUGAAGGACAUCGCCCACGACGUGUACCUGUGCGGGAAGACCAUCAACCUGCUCAAGCUCUGCUGCCCUCGGCACUACCUGUGCUGGUCAGAGGUGCCGGUGCCGCGGAUCUCGGUGCUGUUCUCGCUGGAGGAGCUGAGGGAGCUGCAGAAGGCCUGCGCCCUCUACGUGGGCCGCAUGGAGCGCGUGGCCCGCCACAGCUCCGUCAGUAAGGAGCAGAAGGAGCUGAGAAUGGAGAUUGCAAAACAAGAGCUGAUCGUCCACGCGUGGGAAGCCGCGUCCAGGGUGCUGCGUGAGCUCAGUGAUCGGCAGAUGUCUGAGCGCAUGGCCUUGGAUGCCCGCAAGCGGGAACAGUUUCAGAAGCUGAAGGAGCAGUUUGUGAAGGACCAAGAGCGGCGGCGGGCGGCCCGGCAGGAAGAGCUGGACGACGACUUCAGCUAUGCCCGCGAACUCCGAGACCGUGAGAAGCGCCUGCGGGCCCUGGAGGAGCAGCUGGAGAGAACAGCCCGGCAGGCGCUGGUGGAGCACUACAGCCGGCUGUCGGGGGAGGCCGCUCGCCGCGAGCAGAGGGCCCUGUGGCGCGUCCAGAGGCACCGGCUGGCCAGUGCUCGGCUGCAGUUCCUUUCAGAAGAUGAGAAGCUCCUUCAGGGGAUGCUGAAGGACCGAGCAGAGGGGAAGGAGCCCCCUGCACUGACGCCGCUCCCUGCAGAGCCGCAGGCUGACCCUCCAGACGGCAGUCCCGGCUCUGAGCAGGCAGCGCAGCAUCCCGAGGCUGCCUCAGACGGCCCCCGCGGGCCCUCCCCAGUGGCCCUCGAGCCGGCCUCAGGAGAGACCUGCAGCCCAGGGCCCGGGGCAGUGCCAGGGCCGUUCUCUGAGGACCUCAGCAUUGGCGACUUUCUGCCCCCGCUUGGGCACCCCGAGCAGCCUCCCUGCACAGCCCGGACCCCCGUCCUCGAGGAGGCACUGCAGACUAUUGGCUCAGACCUGCCCCUCUCCCCCGCGGGGACACCAGACUACGAUUUCAGAACCAUCCUGAGGCCCAGCUUGGCCACCCCGGCUUCCCCGGGGCCCUUCGAGACCGCUGGAGGCAGCCUAUGCCGUGCAGGGGAGCAGGGUGGGCGUGGCCCUGAGGGGCAGGCGGCUCAGUGUGACCAGCAGCAGAGCAGGGCCGCGGAGGAGCCCCUGGGAAACACGCUGGAGGGUGGUGACGUCAAGCAGGGUGAGGCUGCUGGGAGCGCCCCCUCCCGGCCUCGCUGGAACGUGCACGGACACGUGUCUGAUGCCAACAUCAAAGUCGGGGAGUUCGUGUGGGACGUGGCCCCCUCCCGGCCCCGGUGGAACGUGCAUGGACACGUGUCUCAGUCCCAGAUAAGCCUUGGGGUGCUCACCCAGGAAGUCCAGCCUGAGAGGCCAGCACCACAUGGGAGCCCCUGUGAGGGGGAGUCCCACGGCCUGGGACCACCGAGCUCUGACCCGGGAACACCGAUUUCUGACUUGGGAGCAGCGCACCCUGACCCGGGAGCACCAGCCUCUGACUUGGGAGCACAGCAUUCUGACCUGGGAGAACUGAGCUGUGAUCUGGGAGCACCAGUCUCUGACUUGGGAGCACAGCAUUCUGACCUGGGAGCACUCAGCUGUGAUCUGGGAGCACCAACCUCUGACUUGGGAGCACAACACCCUGACCUGGGAGCACCAGUCUCUGACUUGGGAACACAGCACGCAGACCCGGGAGCACAGCACUCUGACCUGGGAGCACAGGCCCCUGCAGACAGCCCCUGGGUGCAGGCUGCUGGCUCAGACACGGGCUGCAGGGAGGAGGCUGGCCCAGAGGCCCAGCCGGGUGUCCUGGGAGACAGUGUCCCCAAGGAUGCUGGGAAGACCGGGGACGCCGAGGACCCCGCCCCAGGAAGGCCUCCCGGCUCUCAGGGAGGAGCAGCUGCCCAGAGCAGCCCUGGCCUGGGUCAGCAGUGGCGGCAGGAGGACCAGGACGAGGAGGAGGCCGAGGCUGCAGCCGCAGCCCAGCGCAGGGAGCAGGCCUACAUCGAGGGCCUGGCGGGCCAGUACCGCCUGGAGCAGUACCCGGACAGCUUCACCGCCAUGUCUGAGCCCCCGGUGGCCCGCCUCCUGCACCACGGCCUGCCGCGAGCCUGCGCCCCUGCGGACGGCCCCCGGGAGCAGCCCGCCGCCGAGCCCGCCGUGCAGCUGAGCGAGCUGCUGCCCCUGCCCGUGCUCAUGAAGCACUCGCUCACCGCCCCGCUGGCCGCCCAGCCGUGGUGGACUACUUCUUCGUGGAGCUGCACCUGGAGGCGCACCUGGAGGCGCUGCGGCACUUCCUGCUGAUGGAGGACGGGGAGUUCGCCCAGUCCCUCAGCG